AUGAAUAACUUUGAAUUAUUUCAAGAUCCCUCUGAUUCGAACUGGAAUACUCAAUCAUUUUCAGCAAUUUCUCCAGAUUCACAACAGUACUAUGUUCAUUCCCCUCAUAAUAAUUCUCAUCUUCCUCAACAGCAACAGAAACUUCAAUUUCAACUUCAGUCCCACGGUACGUUGAUGGGUAAUAAUCAAAUAUCUCCUUAUUAUGACACAUCCUCAACACAGACGCUGAUAGGGCCUGGGCCACUUCAAGGUUACAAUAAUGGAUACGGUAUUAUUCCUAUGGUCUCUGGCCUUCCUCCUGUUGAUAAUAGCCAUCUCGUCAAACAUACACUCCCCAACGCACAGACAUUUAAUGACUACAAUAAUAUCCACACUUUGCGAAAUCUAGUUCUGUCAAACAGUGAUAUCUCAUUUGAUAAUUCGAUGAAUCUACUUUCAAGCCCAGAAAUCAUGUCCAUGGGGUUCAGUGCACCACAAGAGACUAUUCAAACCACCACUGCACUCCCUUCUCAACAGGCAUACCCUUUAAGCCCAUCCCCUGUGCCAGUAUCAAACCUUAACCUCAUGGUAUCGCCUUCAAAAAAUGAAAAUCACAUGGCCCCGCAUCAAAUCUUGUUGCCUCAGAAUUCUAUCGUUGAUGGUGAUAUCAAUGAAUUGCACUCUAUCGAUCAACUCUCAGCCACAGGGGGGAGCGACAUGCCGUCUUCGCUCGAAAGCUCUCCAGUCAACAUCUCCAAUUCCAUUACUCCCUUAUCAAGAAGUAACAAUAGAAAUAUCUCCCAUAAUGAUUUUGUAACCCACUAUGGCCACCCGACAAUUCCUGUCACUCCUAUGACCUUGCCAUCCACUAGUACUACUCUAAAAUGUACCAGUACUACUCUUCGGUCCAUCAUUACUACUUCCAAAUCUAAAAAAACGAAACCCAAAAAAAUGAGGAUCGUUCGUGGACUUAGUUCUGGUGGCUCGCUGCCUCGUCCCCCAAAAAAUUUGGAAGCAACCAAUGAUGUUCAUUUCGUUCCGGUAAGGUUGUCUCUAGAGAAUACGUCAGUUCCAGACUUAUGUUUACCAGAAUGGUCGAAUAAAGAGUCCGCUGAUAAGCGCAGAAUCAUCAGGAUCGAAAGGUAUCAGGAUAAAGGCCAUAUCACUGCCAAAUUCUCUAUCUUGGGAAGCGACGCCGAACAUCCAAAAGAUAAACCCCUUUCUAAUGAUAACAUCGAUGUGCUUGAGGUCAGCUGCCUUGAGUGUUUUGUGAUGAAGGGAGAAGAUGAUGAUGAGGUUGAAGAUGGUUGGUUGGAAGGUGACGUUGGGUAUGGUUACUCUCCAAAAAAAUCUGGAGGCCGCUCCGAAAAGUCUAGAUAUGGUACAAAUGAUGGUGAAAUUUCUCGCAAGUUUUACAUCACAAGUGUAGAAGUUGUCAAGUUGGUGGAACUAUUAAUUUGUGCAGAAGAUAAGUCAAGUACGGAACGUCGCAAGGAACGUGGAAGAAUCAGAUCAAAUUUAGUUCCAUUCUGGCUGAAACGUCCGAUCUCGACAAGAAUGAGCAGUACCUAUAACAGCAAUAUACCUAUCCCGGGUUCUGUGAAUGGCAGUACUAAAGAGGACUUCCGUAUCGAAUUGGCCAAAAGAAUUAUGGGUUACAGUACCAGAAAACCAAGAGGUUUUGACAAAGAAGUUCGGAUUUUGAAAUGGGAGAAGUUGGAAGGGGCUUUGAGAAGAGCUUUGAUGAGCUAUUAUGUGGAAAUUCCUAAGGAAUUCAGAUAA